CGAUAGCUAACCUUUGGGUGGAUCUGUGCUUGAAGACUUAAUCCCGAGAUUGGGCUGCUGUGCUCAUGCCCAAUCUGACCAGGGGCUGAGCAAACCUCGGUCGAUUUCUACGGGGAGAGCUUCAACGCCCUUUUGACCCCGGGUUACAGCCAUGUGGGAAGACCUGAGCUCCUUAUCGCCCAGACUUGCUAUAGCAUUGUCAAGUUUGAAGUUGGGAACAGCGGAUGACCGAAUUUUAGCUUACAAUGGCUCUUGCAGAUAUAACAAUGGGGGGCCAAUGGGCCAAUGUAUCAGCCUGAUAUCGAGCUGGUGCUACUUACAUGCCUAUACAUCCAUGUCAUAUUAUACGGCGCAUGGUACACAUGUAUGCUUAUAUGAUCAAUGCCUGCCCACAUGCAGUGUCCAGUCCGGCACUUGACAUUGACUUCUUCCCGUCUGACACGUGCAUACAGACACUAGGUAUAUGACAUAUGCCG